GCAUUCUCGCGGACCCGGUGGUAGCCCAGCGCUAAGUAAGCCGUCCCUGCUGCCUGCUCCGUUGGAUGGCUUCGCAGCGGCUACUGUUGCUCAGGAGGGAUUGGAAAAACCUCGUACAGUACUAGUGCACAGGUUUUAGCGACCAAUAGUGCGAUCCAGUUUGAGACACUCUCGCUGCACAUGCAAAGCUGCUACUGCCAAGUACAUGCACAUGUAUAGAUGGAAUAGAAAUGACUUGAGAGCUGGAGUGUGUGAAGGCGUUGGGUAUUUACAAGCAGAAAGAGGAUCACAGUGCUUGUGCUUGGUACCAUAUUUUUGUACGUCUAACAGCUCGAAGUUGUUGGCAAUUGUAUUGUUUCUACAACUUACAAGAUACUAAGAUAGAGGAGUCCGUUAUAAGAUCAUCGCAGGUCCCAGGAAGGUAAAUUCCGUGUAUGGGAGGAUUCACGCCUGCUUGCAAAGAUUCCUGAAGUGGCAGAUAUAAUACGAUAUAGCGAGAUGGGCCUCACCCGCCUAAUGGGCAGUUUGGCUUCCAUUGGCCUCCUGAUGACGUCAGCCCUCUACCUUGUACACGCAUCCACUGUUCGCGAGCAGUCUGCCGAUUCGGAGGCCGUGUGCUUGGCUGGACCAGGAGGCAUUUCACUGGAGGCGUGCAGACGGAAUGGCAUCAGUGCCUUCGCAUUGCAACAAGAUCUUUACACAUGUGCAAAUGCAACAGGUGCCAAAGUUCUGCCAACAGAGCUCUUAGCAGGCCGGGGAUGGGAUCCGCUAACCGAGACCGCUGUGGGCGCCGUAUCGAAUGUGAGCUAUAAGCUAUGCCAGACGACCCCAGACGGGCUGUACAUCAUACCGGACACAAUGCAGGCAUCUACAGUCAAAUCUAGUGAUGUCAAGCAGUAUUCGGAGCUGUACGAAUUCUACAGCGAUUAUCAAAGCAGCACGACAACAGCAAUGAAACUGGACGAUGGCUAUCCGAAGAUUGGUGGAAGCUUUUCUACUGACUAUUACCUCAACAAGAAAUAUCAGAUUCAGUUCCAGUCGGUGACAGUGCGAACGGAGAUUCGUCGGGAGUUCUAUCAGAUCAAGGUGAAGCCGGACGCGACACUCUCCACUGAGCUCAAGUACCGGCUGCAGAUCGUCGGUGAUAUGAUCCACAGCAACAGAACCGAAGCUGCCAAGUACGAGAUCUUAUUGAUUAUCAGAGAUUUUGGAACCCACAUGCUCGGGGAGGUCACGGCCGGUGGCAUUUUUCAGCAAGAAGACCAGGUUACGACUGAAUACGCCAAGAGGUUUGCAAAGACUACUGCUAAUGCCAGGGCGUUUUCUGCGGCAAAGUUCCUCAACAAGCUCGGGUUCAAUUUUCCAUAUUCUUUCACUGGAAAGCAACAGGAGGCCUUUUUGGACAGUGUCACUCAGUCCACGAUUAGGACAUUCGGCGGAAAGUCGUAUGUGCCAGGCAUGAGAGUUCCUGAUUGGGAGGCUAAUCUUAACAGCUCUCUCGUAGCUGUAGCGCGCCGAGCAGAGCCUCUCGAGUACGUGAUAACCCCGCAUACCGUUCCGGAACUACCAGCGCCGACUGUCAGGCAGAUUUCUGAUUUAUUGGCAGCGGCUUCCAAGGAAUAUUUUGCCAUAAACACGAAUGCGGGAUGCACAGAUAUCAAUUCGGCUAAUUUCAACUUCCAGGCUAACGUUGGAGACCAGUCGGUGUGUAAACCCGUCGCACACGAUUUUGGCCUUGGCGGCGUUUACCAGACUUGCACAUCUCGUGAUCCGGCUGCCUGCGGGGGCAUUACACAAAGGAAUCCCGCAACUGGUGAGUUCUCAUGUCCGGAUCCAUAUGAGCCAGUGCUUCUGCACAAGGGAGAGGAGCCACGCAACACACACACUUACACCUGUUACACGUAUACAGGAUUUUGCUUUCUUCAUGGAUGGCUUCCAUUUAUCUGCGCUAUAAGGGAGUGCAAAUACGUUUACAACCCACCAUCUUUUGUCUAUGAGACGUACUGGUGUGCCAAGCCGCAGACGGGAUCAACGCAGCCCGGCUAUCUCUUCGGCGGAAUGUACUCGAAGCAAUUUCCAAACCCAGUGACUGGAUAUCGGUCGUGCCCGCAGCAUUUUAGUGCGGUCUCCAUGGGCAUUGACACCAAGUUGUGUAUGAAUGAUCGGAAGGGGGGAUACAAGCACUUGAGCUCACGUCAAUUUGGAGGAUUCUACAGUUGCUCAGCAGGCAAUCCCUUUGCACUGGCUCAGACCAUGACUCCCAUGCCGCAGCGUAUUUCUGAGGUUGGCUUUGAGGCUCUAACAGGACCUGAGUCCUGGCCACACAGCUGCCCGUUUGGAUAUACACUCCACAGAGCUGCUAUUGACUUUGGCUGCCAGAUCAUAUACUGCACGAUCGAUCUACCUAAGCGCGAAUUCACUCGGCCUGAUCCAGUCCGGCCCCCGUACGAUAAAACCGCGCCGCUACCUGGCAACCACACGAUCGACGUGACGAACAUCACCGGACCGGGCGGAGAUGUGUGGCUCAAGAAUCUCACCACCGGUGUCUGGAACAAGAGAAUUGUGGUAUCGCAGACGGGUGACCAAGCACAGUACAGUCUUGACAGCGUAUCAUCUAGCUCCAGUAUAUCUAGCUCCAGCGACACACUCGCCUACACUCUUGCGCCGGCGGGCGCAGUUCUUGCCCUCAUGGUCAUCGCUCUAGUUGCUUCGCACGGCAAGAUCAGACGACUAGAAGCGGAGAGGCCAACAUGGUCGCACAGCCCCGACGUGUCCUUUGCUGCGGGCUCCAGUUCGGAAUCAGACCUCGUAGUCGACCAAGACUCGGCAGAAUCCUCUACAGCCAGCACCACAGCCCCAUGCCAGGCUAAGUCAUCGGGAUCAGAAGCGAUGAACUACUAGACUAUGCUCGCCAAUCACGUUAUUCCUUCCUACGUCAUUUUCAGGUCUGUUAAAUAUUCAUUUCUGUUUUCGGAGCAGAUUGAGUUCCAUAUCCAUGAAUGCUGGCGGGAAUCAGAUCACUUCAAAAUGCUUUAUCUCUCCAUUCUUGUUGUACUGAUAACAGCUAGGCACGUGGUUUUAUUGUAAUUAAUAAUAUUAAUUGCAUCAAGCUUGUGAGGCUAUCAUUUCUAUCAUCAUUGGAUUCUCAGUGCAUUGGGUGAUUAGCCACGGAACUCGAGACUGGAUAUCAUUUUUCUCCUGGCCCUCGGCAUGGGCGGGUAAUGCUAGUUAUUUGCUGCGAUAAUGUUUAAGGCAAUGCUCAUAAUAUGAGGAUAUAAUGACACUUAUAAUGCUCACACUACUCCAUAAUGCCAGUUUGAAAGUUGGAAAAGUCGAUUUAAGAAGGUCGUCUUGGAUCAAGGCCAAAGCGUAGAAGAAGAAAA